AUAUUAAUGAAUGUAAAGAAGGAUCUCAUUCCUGCACUGGCCCGACACAUUAUUGUACCAAUAAAGAUGGAGGCUACGACUGUGGUUGUUCUGGAAAUGGCUAUAAAUUAGAUGAUGAGAAUAUUGAUGAAUGUAAUGAAGGAUCUCAUUCCUGCACUGGUCCGGCACAUUAUUGUACCAAUAAAGAUGGAGGCUACGACUGUGGUUGUUCUGGAGAUGGCUAUAAAUUAGAUGAUGAGGGUUAUACAUGUGUAGAUAUAAAUGAAUGUGAUGAUGAUCCAUGUGAAGUAGGCUAUAGAUGUGAUAACAAUGAUGGAAGUUUCAGCUGCAUUUGUCAAGCUGGAUAUAGAUUUUCUAACCCUACAACAUGUGUUGAUAUUGAUGAAUGUAAUGAAGGAUCAUAUUCCUGCACUGGUCCGACAAAUUAUUGUUCCAAUAAAGAUGGAGGCUACGACUGUGGUUGUUCUGGAGAUGGCUAUAAAUUAGAUGAUGAGAAUAAAAAUGAAUGUGAUUAUAAUCCAUGUGGAGGAACAGGCUAUGAAUGUGAUAACAAUGAUGGAAGUUACAGCUGCUAUUGUAAAUCUGGAUAUAGAUUGUCUAACCCUACAACAUGUGUUGAUAUUGAUGAAUGUAGUGAAGGAUCUCAUUCCUGCACUGGUCCGACAAUUUAUUGUACCAAUAAAGAUGGAGGCUACGCAUGUGGUUGUUCUGGAGAAGGCUAUAAAUUAGAUGAUGAGGGUUCUACAUGUGUAGAUAAAAAUGAAUGUGAAUAUAAUCCAUGUGGAGGAACAGGCUAUGAAUGUGUUAACAAUGAUGGAAGUUUCAGCUGCUAUUGUAAAUCUGGAUAUAGAUUGUCUAACCCUACAACAUGUGAUGAUAUUGAUGAAUGUAGUGAAGGAUCUCAUUCCUGCACUGGUCCGACAAUUUAUUGUACCAAUAAAGAUGGAGGCUACGCAUGUGGUUGUUCUGGAGAAGGCUAUAAAUUAGAUGAUGAGGGUUCUACAUGUGUAGAUAAAAAUGAAUGUGAAUAUAAUCCAUGUGGAGGAACAGGCUAUGAAUGUGUUAACAAUGAUGGAAGUUUCAGCUGCUAUUGUAAAUCUGGAUAUAGAUUGUCUAACCCUACAACAUGUGAUGAUAUUGAUGAAUGUAGUGAAGGAUCUCAUUCCUGCACUGGUCCGGCACAUUAUUGUAACAAUGAAAUUGGAAGCUACGCAUGUGGUUGUUCUGAAGGCUAUGAAUUAGAUGAUGAGGGUUCUACAUGUUCUGCCUUGGCUUUGAUUGCUAGUAGGACAGAGCGGCCAUUAGAAUGUUUAAAAUUUGAGAUUCGCACCUCUAAGAGUGCAGGUUGGCCUCAUUUAAACUCCUUGAAUGUUAUAUCAGAAUAUGACAGUGUGGAAGGUUUGCCUUUAUUGCUUGUGAUUUCACCAAUCCGCAGCAAGGCAUGGAAAGCAAGCAGGAACAUUGCUCUAACUAGAAUUCUUAUGAAGAGACCAGUACAAGUUUUCUCAACUGAGACAACCAAUUUUUCCAACAUGUCAUUUGUGAUUGGUAACCUUUUAUCUGGAGUUUUUAAACUGUUGCUGUAG